AUGGCCAGCGGUAGGCCUCCCGGGUCGCAUCCACCCGCUGGUCGGGAUGACGACCUGUUGUUGGAUUCUGGACCAACCUACAGCAGUGGCCAAGGUCCCCCAGUGAACGACGAACACCUACUAGAACAGUUCAACAUUGACGAUUCCGAACAACCGUACGAGCAAACGCAACCGCGUCCUUCGGUCUCCUACGACAACUUUGUCGGUUCUCGCGCGCCGCAGCAUGUACCACAACAUACUGCACCGGGACUGUCGCAUCCGCCGGUCAACCCCGGAAUCCAACAAAAUGACCCCUACUCCAGCGGAAUGAGAGAUCGAUCAUACUCCCAGACGUCGGGUCUGGACAACUACCGCCGUUAUUCUUUGGACGAUUUUGACGACGGACAUUCAGGGUAUUACGAUCUUGAUGCGGACGAGGAUCGCAUUGCCAGUUCCCACCAUGUUCGCAAGGCAAACGAGCGCAACAGCGUUCUCGGGCUCGGAGGUGGUAUCAUGGGCAAGGCAAAAUACAUGUUUGGCAUGGGGUCAAAUCAAUAUUCAGAAAUGGAUCUCCCAUUGACAGAGGCCGGGGCAAGAAGGGCAACGGUCGACAGCACUGCCUCUCCAGCACCACCCCGGAAGGAGCGCAAGAAGUUCAGCGCAUCUGAUCUGAACAUAUUUGGGCGACGCAAGGUUGAUCCGAAGUCUAUGGGCCCGCGCAUGAUUCAGCUGAACAACCCACCCGCCAACAGCGCCCACAAGUUCUUCAGCAAUCACGUAUCGACCACCAAGUACAACGUCAUCACCUUCAUCCCGAAAUUCAUCUUCGAACAAUUCUCCAAAUAUGCCAACUUGUUCUUCUUGUUCACUGCGGUCUUGCAACAAAUCCCCAACGUGUCGCCAACCAACAGGUUCACAACAAUCGUCCCAUUAGGUAUCGUCCUGGCAGUAUCGGCCAUCAAAGAGCUGGUGGAGGAUUACAAACGCAAGACUUCCGACAAAGGACUCAACCACUCUAAAACGCAAGUCCUCAAAGGAUCAUCCUUCCACGAUGCAAAAUGGGUGGACGUCUCCGUGGGCGAUAUCGUACGAGUCGAGUCCGAGCAGCCUUUCCCGGCUGACCUGGUCCUACUGGCAUCCUCCGAGCCGGAGGGGCUGUGCUAUAUCGAAACGGCAAAUUUGGACGGCGAGACAAAUCUGAAAAUCAAGCAAGCAAUUCCAGAGACUGCACAUCUCGUCAGUCCCAGCGACCUCAGCCGCUUGAGUGGACGCGUUCGUUCAGAACAGCCAAACAGCAGUUUGUAUACUUACGAAGCAACUUUGACUAUGAAUGCUGGAGGUGGCGAAAAAGAGCUGCCUUUGGCCCCGGAUCAACUUUUGCUUCGCGGUGCCACUCUACGCAACACUCCUUGGGUCCAUGGUAUCGUAGUUUUCACUGGCCACGAGACAAAGCUGAUGAGAAAUGCAACUGCAACACCUAUCAAGCGGACAUCUGUCGAGCGAACAGUCAACAUGCAGAUCCUGAUGCUUGUCACGAUUCUCAUCGUCUUGAGUGUGAUCAGUUCUGUCGGUGAUCUCGCGAUUCGAAAAACCAAGUCUCACCAGCUUGCGUACCUUGAUUACGGCGAUGUCCACAUGGUCAAGCAGUUUUUCAUGGACAUCUUCACAUACUGGGUUCUCUACUCGAAUUUGGUCCCUAUCUCCCUCUUUGUUACGAUUGAGAUCGUCAAAUACUUCCAGGCUUUCCUGAUCAAUUCUGAUCUCGACAUUUACUACGACAAAACGGACACACCGGCCACCUGCCGCACCUCAUCGUUGGUUGAAGAACUCGGUCAGAUCGAGUACAUUUUCUCCGACAAGACGGGUACUCUGACAUGCAAUAUGAUGGAGUUCAAACAAGUCAGUAUUGCUGGCAUUCAAUAUGGUGACGAUGUUCCGGAAGAUCGCCGUGCUGCCAUUGAGGAAGGCUCUGAAGUUGGUAUCCAUACCUUCAAGACCCUGAAAGAGAAUAUGAGCUCGCAUCCAAGCCAGAAAGCCAUCCGCGAAUUUCUCACUCUUCUUGCAACCUGUCACACUGUCAUUCCGGAGCGAAAUACAAGCGACCCAGAUGUCAUCAAAUAUCAAGCAGCUUCGCCCGACGAGGGAGCUCUGGUGGACGGCGCAGCUGCGCUCGGAUUCCGAUUCACCAAUCGACGACCGAGGUCUGUGCUGUUUGAGCAUGGCGGACAGGAGUUGGAAUACGAACUGCUGGCAGUGUGCGAAUUCAACUCUACCCGCAAGCGAAUGUCGACUAUCUUCAGAUGCCCAGAUGGAAAGGUUCGCAUCUACUGUAAAGGUGCCGACACGGUCAUUCUUGAGCGUUUGCACCCCGAUAAUCCUACUGUGGAGGCUACCCUGCAGCAUUUGGAAGAGUACGCUUCAGAUGGUCUGCGAACACUGUGUCUGGCUAUGCGGGAGAUCCCAGAAGACGAAUUCCAGCAGUGGAACCAGAUCUUUGACAGGGCUAACACUACUGUCGGCGGCAAUCGUAGCGAAGAACUGGACAAGGCCGCUGAGCUGAUCGAAAGGGACUUUUACCUUCUUGGUGCAACUGCUAUUGAGGAUCGUCUGCAAGAUGGUGUGCCGGACACCAUCCACACGCUUCAGACUGCCGGGAUUAAGAUUUGGGUGUUGACUGGCGAUCGACAGGAAACCGCCAUCAACAUUGGCAUGUCCUGCAAGCUCAUAUCCGAAGACAUGACCCUUCUUAUCAUCAACGAGGAGUCGGCAAACGGCACCCGUGAUAGCUUGCAGAAGAAGCUGGAUGCGGUCAAGAGCCAAAUUUCCUCUGGAGAUGCCGAACCUUUAGCCCUGGUUAUUGAUGGUCGAUCCUUGACGUUUGCUUUGGAGAAAGAUAUGGAGAAACUGUUUUUGGACCUGGCGGUGAUGUGUAAAGCUGUCGUUUGCUGUCGUGUCUCGCCCCUCCAAAAGGCUUUGGUCGUGAAACUCGUGAAGCGUCACAAGAAGGCUCUAUUGUUGGCCAUCGGUGACGGUGCCAACGAUGUAUCCAUGAUUCAAGCCGCCCAUGUCGGUGUUGGUAUCAGCGGUGUUGAAGGUCUUCAGGCCGCCCGAUCCGCAGAUGUGGCAAUUGGACAGUUCCGAUUCCUUCGGAAGCUCCUUCUGGUUCAUGGCGCGUGGAGUUACUCUCGCAUCAGUCGAGUUAUUCUCUACUCGUACUACAAAAACAUCACGUUGUACAUGACCCAGUUCUGGUACUCUUUCCAAAACGCAUUCUCUGGUGAAGUCAUCUAUGAGUCUUGGACACUUUCCUUCUACAACGUGCUCUUCACUGUCUUGCCUCCAUUCGCAAUGGGAAUUUUUGAUCAGUACAUCUCCGCCAGAUUGCUCGAUCGCUACCCGCAACUCUACCAACUAGGCCAGAAGGGUAUCUUCUUCAAAAAGCACAGUUUCUGGGCCUGGAUUUUGAACGGAUUCUUCCAUUCUCUCAUCCUGUACAUCGUGUCCCAGCUGAUCUUCUUCUGGGAUCUCCCCAUGGCUGAUGGUAAAGUCGCUGGCCAUUGGGUUUGGGGAGAAGCACUAUAUACCGCUGUGCUCGCUACGGUCCUGGGCAAAGCGGCUCUGAUCACCAACAUCUGGACAAAGUACACUUUCAUCGCCAUCCCAGGAUCUAUGUUCCUCUGGCUCGUCUUCCUCCCGGCGUACGGUUACGCAGCUCCAGCCAUUGGUUUCUCCCGUGAAUACUAUGGCACCAUCCCCGUCCUCUUCAAAUCCCCCAUCUUCUACCUGAUGGCCGUCGUCCUACCAUGUGUCUGUCUGCUUCGUGACUAUGCUUGGAAAUAUGCCAAGCGCAUGUACUACCCACAGCAGUAUCACCACGUGCAGGAGAUCCAGAAGUACAAUGUCCAAGAUUACCGCCCGCGCAUGGAGCAGUUCCAAAAAGCCAUUCGGAAGGUGCGACAAGUCCAGCGCAUGCGCAAACAACGUGGCUAUGCCUUUUCUCAGGCUGAUGACGGUGGUCAAAUGCGUGUACUGAAUGCUUAUGACACCACUCGCAGCCGUGGUCGGUAUGGCGAGAUGGCUAGUUCGAGGCCUAUGGCGUGA